CCGAAACAGCUCAGACUAUUGGCUGUUUGUGCGUGUGUAUUUGACGUGCAGGCUCGUUUCCCAUCAAUUGUGCGGUGUUUUUGUGAAGGCGUGCCUUGCACUCAUCAGAUAAUCUGUAUUUUGUGAUACUUAUGUAGCAUAUCCAAGUGGUAAUUUUACGCUCCGACCAUGGCAAAGGGGAUGAUUUGGCGUGACAACUUUCUGGAGUCUCGGGAUGCGGUACCCCAGAUCCCUCUUCAUCCAAUCCAGGCUGUAAGGCCCAGAAGUCUCUAUACGGCCCAUUCGUACCUGGCGGAAGAGGUCCCCAAUGACUACGGCCAGUACGAGUCGGCCGCGGAGCCGUGGCAGGCCCGCGGCCGGCUGCUGCGGCCGCUGCGGCGUGCGGGCCGCUUCUGGCCGCUGCCGCCCAAAGUGGCGAUGGCGGCCGCCGCAGGCCGGAUGGCGGCUCACAUGGACCGCGAGAUGCGGCCCGAGCUCGAGUACGAGGCCGGCGGUGAGGACGCCGAGGAGACCGGGCCCAUGGCCACCUCCAUGGGCACCAUCACACUGCGGCUGUAUGACCGCGUGCGCGUGGACUUGUCCCUGAACGGCUCCGUCCGCGUCAUCAACUUCAAGAGCAACAUCGUGCUGGCGAUCAGUGCCACCGGCACGUCAGUGGCGCUGAUGCACCCGAACGGCCGGGUGUACCAGUACGGCAGCCGGGUGGAGAUUCGGACCAACGACACCGAGGGCAACUGCAAGUACGCCAAGAUGUGGUACAAGGGUGUCAGCUUCACCUCGGACAGCUGCGCUCUGGUGUACCUGGUGGACGCGGCGGGCACUCGCUCCACCACCGACACCUUCUCCGACUUGAACCGGGACUUCUCGCUCGACGUGUUCUACUCGGAGUCGCGCUACGGGCCGGACUGCGUGCACGAGUGUCUGGCCGCCAUCGACGAGGCCAGGUUUUGGGUGGCCGAGGACGGCAGCGAAGUCUGGGACGUCGCAGGCGUCCGCAUCACACAGCAGCUCAACGGACAAGUGAAGCUUGUGGUUCAGCGUGACAACGGGAAGCGCCUGCUGCGCACCUCGUCUACGCUAGGGACAGCCAACAUCACCACCCCGUUCAUCCACACCACCGCCUCGAUGGGGCAGAACCCGCACAUCUUCGUGCGCCGCGGCGAGCGCCGCCUUCACUACGACGCCACCAACUUCGUAGUGCGCAACGCCGGCCACUCCGCCGGCUUCGACGACCGCGGCCGCCUGAAGGUGUACUAGCGGCGGAGGCAGUCUGCAGCGGCCCGUGGAACGACACCGGCGGCAGCAUUGUGUGCAGAUGACGGCGACGCGACGCGACCUACCAGCGGGUGAGUCGUGGUAGCCUGCUGCACUGUUCGUACCUUGUGACGACGUUGGAGCACUCUGUGCUCAGGCUCGUGCGUGACGAACGCCAACGUCGUGCGUCAGGAUGGUGUGGUUUCCGCUGCGAAGAUCAUAGAUCAGGCCACGCAGGGCAAAGCUAACCUAACCUUUGAAAACUAGGCUGGAUGCAUGCCAUGUGCCAGCGCUAGACUGGAUCAUUCGAUGUCGUGCUGCAACUGGAAUCUGUUUGCCUUAUUCGGAUGUUUUAGAGAGCGUGCGACAAUCAUGUCAUAAAUAAGAUCUUUACACUCCGUAACAGCGAGACUACGAUGAUUUUAUGAUUAGUUCCUCACGUAGCGGGACCUGUUCUCACCAGAAGCAGCGGACGCCCUUCAAUGUUUUGCGUAAUGUUGCGUAAAUAUUUUGAGCAUGCGUUGUGCUCGUUGGUUUCCACUGGUUCAUUCAAAUUUAUUGUUUGUAGUUAAUGUUCUGCAGAUGAAUUCGCCCUGAAGUGCUUUGUACCUGCACGAAAUCAUACAAAAUAAUACAGUCGUGAUUGUUGCUA